ACAACAAUGAAUUUUCAAUCACUCUAUUAACAGCAACAUGCUUAUUAUCGGGCAGGCAAAGCGUCGGCUAAACAGGAAGUUAGCGACGUUAGCUUUCAGGCUGACAAGUUAGCAGAGCUGCUUUCGAGCCAAGACCGGACUGAUCUGGGUUGACGUUUUAAUUCACUGUUUGAAGCAACUUCUUGAAAUAUAUGGCCAGGCAGUGGUCUGAGGGCCACUCCACAUCCAUCCUGUGUGUUGGGGCAUCUUCAGGCCCUGAAGGUCUCCUCGCUUCAGGGUCAGAGGGCGGAGAGGUCACCGUGUGGAGCCAAGAGGGAACCAUCAUAGGCCGUCUUGCUCUCCCAGGUGAAGAGGACAGCACAAGUGUCGUAUUUUCACCUGCAGCUCCGGGACAGCUCUAUGUGUCACAUGGAGACACAGUGAGUGUGCUCGACCCCCGAAACCUGAAGGGCUCUGUUGUUGAGUUUCAGGGCGCAGGGGAGGAGGAGAUAAAUGCUUUAGCACUGAACGACACAGGUUCAGUACUGGCGGUGGCUGAUGACUCUGGGGCAGUCCGGGUUCUGGAGCUUCCUGGGGGAAAAGUGUGCAGGACUCUUCGUAGACACACUAACAUCUGUUCCUCUGUGGCUUUUCGGCCGCACAGGCCCAAUAACCUGCUGUCUGCUGGACUAGACAUGCAGGUGAUGCUGUGGGGGCUGCAGAAGACGCGCCCUCUUUGGACCCUCAACCUGCAGGAUGUCUCAGAGGAAGAAGAUGACCAUCAGCAGCGUCCUGGGCAGCUUUUCAACCCACCACUGGUCCACUGUGUUUCUGUGGCGAGUUGUGGAAACGUUUUGGGUUGUGCAGCAGAGGACGGGCGGGUGCAUCUGAUGCGAAUCGGUAGCGGCUCUAAAUUGGAACAGCAGGGAGCAGUAAAGGCUCAUAGUCAGGGGGCCUCACAAGCCCACUUUGUUAGUUUCCUUUCUCACCCUUACUGGCUUGUCACUGGGGGGAAUGACGGCCAGGUUGCCCUGUGGGACCUCAGUAAGCACCCGGUAGUGUCUCCAGAGGUCAAGGCCAAAACUCGAGUGACAGGAGCCCCACGCAGGAAGGGUAAGAGCAAAGCGAAAAGGAAAGAACAAUCCCAGGAUAAAGGGAAGACCCCUCCGGAGGCUGAAGCAGAGACGGAAGAAGCUGAUGUGGGAGGUGAAGUCGCAGCAAGUUCGGAGGAGGCGAUGGAGGAGAAGUCUGGGCCCAAACUGAGCAUCAGUCACGGGAACAAGGUGAACUGGUUGUGCCCUGCUGUGCUGAAAGGCAAACCCAGUGUGGUUGUUGCAGAUCAGAGCUCCAGUCUGACUGCCUACCCUCUGUCCCAGCUAUAGAGUCCAUGCAUUUUACGUGUUCAUGCUGCCUUUUAUUUAGUUUACAAGCUUUUCUUUUCUUUUUUCUUUUUUUUUGGUGGUAUACAGUCCUGUGUCUGAUGCUGUUAGAACUGGCAUCAUCAGUAUUUUUCACUUCUGGUCUAAAUGAUGACUGAUUUAAUAAUGUGACAGUAUAAUGUUGCUCUCUUCUUUUAAUAAACCCUGAAUGUUGGGCAGAACCAGUACAGGAAGUUAAAUCUGUACAGAAACAAACAAAUGUCUGGUUUGUAGUUUGAGUUUUCACACAAUAUUCCACAAACUCCAUGUGUAAUUGGGUUUUAUUUAAUACAUGCUUUACUCAUUUAGUUGUCUUUUUUUGCGUGUGUGUGGUCCAAUAAAAAAUGUCAGCCCUUGAAACAUAUUUUGCUAUAUAUACAUAGUGUGUUUUUGUGGGCUGUAAAAACUACCACAUUAGACAAAGGAAACCUGCAUGGCUAGCUGAGUCUGCUGUGCUUUGUAGUAGGAAUGAAAGCACCUCUCAGUCCAAACCAGGACUGCCAGACAGAAAUACAAAACAUAGAGCAAACUGAAAGCUGUUCCAAGGUGCGACAUUUCGACCACACUGCCCUUUCACGGACUUAAGCUUUGUUUCUGUAUGCGUUAAUGAUUAAAUCAUGUUUGGUGUUUAAUCAUUACAGGAUGUAAAACAACAGAAAGGCCUUAACUCUCCUGUUCCUGUUAAUUUGAACUCCAUUUGUGUCACCAUCAAGCAUCAAAAACUUUAUAUUUUUUUAAACAAGUCUGAUACAUACAAACACAAAAUAUCAAUACAUUCAUAGCAAAUGCACUGUAUUCACGAAACACUUUCAAACAACCCGUCAUUCUUUUACAAACAAGCAAAACACUUUUCUAUAAUACCAGCAAAAAAGGCACAAUGAUCACUGUUCAAGUUAAUGAACUUAACAAGG